AUGCCAAAAAAGCGAUUAUGUUGUAAUACUAAAAUCAUAAAUCAGGGAAAUCACAUACCUGAUGAAAUAAAAUAUCAACAUGAAAUAAUCGAUAACAUCGUCAAUGAUUCAAAUCGGAAGAAGCAGCAAUAUAAUUAUGAAAAAGUAUCCAACGACUUAAAUUACACCGUUGAUGUAUUGGAAAAAGUAUUACCAAAACAAUAUACAAUCGAUGAAACAGAAUUUGGGAGUAAUUCAACUGAAAUGCAGCUAACAUCAGCCAAAUCGAAUUCGAUCGAGCAAAAUGAAACCCGACGUUCAUUAGGAUCCCAAUCAAUAGCAAAAAUAAAUUGGUGUCCUACUGUUAGAAAUCUAGACGCAAUUGCUGAAGAUGACAUGAAUAUCGACAUAAUUGUUCCCGACUUGUUAUAUACAGAACAGAAUCGACAGCAGCACACAAUUAAAGAAUUAAAACCAAAGGAGAUAAGAUCUGACAAUUGUAGCAACAGUUCCAUGCAAGAUAACGUUAACACAAAACAUAUUAAAUUCAAUGAUCAUCCUGAAUUUCUUUCCAACUUAACUACAUUAGAUGACGAACAACAAAUCACCGACGCAUCGCAUAUUAAGUAA